AUGUCGGCCUUCGCAUCCCAGGACGAUCAAGAUGAUCAAGAUUACUCCUAUAUCUCUCCAGACCACGCAACCACUACACCUCCCAUACACCAAGAAAUGACCUCCGACCCAGAAGCUUCGCACGGCCGCAGUCGCUCCGCAAACCCGCUGCUAGGAAAUGACAACCCACUUGUAUCAGAACUAGAGCAGGAAGUGCUGGACGAGUACUCUCGUCUACUUCGGAACGUGAAUCAGCUCUCCGAUAAAGUCUCCGAUCUCGCGGGCUCCCCCGCCUCAAUGACACUUGACGGUCUCCGUCUGCUAGAGCGCAAAACCGCAACCGUGUGCACUUUGCUCAAGGCUAGCGUCUACAGUAUUGUUUUGCAACAACAGAUCUGGAACGAGGAUCAAGAGCAGCAGCAGCAGCAGAGUGGAGAGGGACAAUAUGGGGAUCAGACAUACACUGGUGAUGGCGGGUAUGAGGGCGAGGGAGACAUGACAUUCCAGUGA